GUUAUGUCUAAUUUCCGACGAGACUUUGAUUUCAAAAUGGCAGCCCGCUUAUUGAACAAAACUUCGUAGUAGACCUAAAUGUAGAAUAAUUUAGAUUCUACAUCUUGAUGCCCUAGAUUAUUUUUAUCGGAUAAAGUUGUAGACUCUAGAUCUAGAUAAUAGUUAGAUAUAAAUCUAUUGCUAUGGAUAUUUUUGAGAAACACACAGAAGGACCUGGCUUUGUUGGUAUUCGUUUCUGCAAGGAAUGCAACAACAUGUUAUAUCCAAAAGAAGACAAAGAAAAUAGAACUUUGCUAUAUGCUUGCAGGAACUGUGAUUAUCAACAAGAGGCUGACAACAGAUGUAUUUAUGUUAAUAAAAUUAUGCAUGAAGUUGAUGAAUUAACUCAGAUUGUUGGAGAUGUUAUAGCUGACCCAACUUUACCUAGAACAGAGGAUCAUCCAUGUCCUAAAUGUGCUCACAGAGAAGCAGUUUUCUUCCAAUCUCACAGCACAAAAGCUGAGGAAGGAAUGCGACUGUAUUAUGUCUGUACAAAUGCCCAGUGCAUGCAUCGAUGGACUGAGUAAAAGAUGUUUGUCAUGUUUCACUUUUCAUAAAUCAUCUCAAUCAUAAUCAAAGAAUUGUAAAUAAAUCGUGUAAAAUUG